AAGUGAAAGUAGCUGUGCUGUUUCUAAGCUGGACAUGGGUGCUGCUGCUCCUGCUCCUGCUCCUGCUAGGGAUCCCCUUGAGGAAGAAGCCAUUUGUUCAAUUUGCCUGGAGUAUUUCAAGGAUCCUGUGACCAUAGAAUGUGGGCACAAUUUCUGCCAUGCCUGCCUGACCCAGUGGUGGAGGGAGUUGGGGACUGUGGAGACCUCCUGCCCUCAGUGCAGAGAAAAAGUUCUGCAAAGGAACCUCAGGCCAAAUCGGCAGUUAGCCAACCUUGUAGAAAUAAUGAGGAAUGUCAGGCUUCAGAGGACUAUGAGAGCAGAAGGCAAGGAGAGAGUCUGUGGGAAGCACCAGGAGCCUUUCAAGCUCUUCUGCAAGGACCAUGAAACUUCCAUCUGUCUGGUGUGUGACAAGUCAACGGAGCAUGAAAACCACAAGGUGAUUCCUCUGGAGGAGGCCUUGGAAGCAUACAAGGAUCAAAUUUGGAAUUUGCUGGAGACUCUGAAGAAGGAGAGAGAAAAAAUUCUGGCAUUCAAAACAGAGACAGAACAGGAAAGCCAAGAUUUGAUUAACCAAACAGAAACAGAGAAGAGAAAAACUGUACUUGCAUUCAGACAAAUGCACCAGUUUCUAGAAGAACAAGAGAAGCUUCUGCUGGCCCAGAUGGAAGAGACGGAGAAGGAGAUUUCAGCCAAAAGAGAGGAACAUCUGGCCAUCCUUUCAGAUGAACUCUCCUCUCUCGAGGGACUCAUCCAGGAGAUGGAUGAAAAGCAGCAGCAGCCGGCAGGUGAACUCCUCCAGGAUAUUGGAAGCUUCUUAAAGGGGCAUGAGAAGAAGGCGUUUGAGAAUCAUGUGGCUUUUCCUCGUGCUCUGAAAUGGAAGAUCUGGGACUUCUGUGACAUGAAUCCCUUUCUGGAGGCUGUCAUCAAGAAAUUCAGAGACACUCUGGAAUCUGGACUUCAUCAGAAAAAAGCAAACGUGACUCUGGAUCCAGAGACAGCACAUCCUUGUCUCAUCUUGUCUGAGGAUCAUCGAACUGUGACAUGGGAAAACAACUAUCAAGAUCUUCCUGACAAUCUGAAGAGAUUUGACCAAUUCCCUUGUGUGCUGGGCUGUGAGGGAUUCACAGGAGGCAGGCAUUUUUGGGAAGUCACUGUGGGAAGUGAGGAGGCAUGGGAUGUGGGAGUGGCCAGGAAAUCUGUGGAGAGAAAAGGCCCCUUCCCCUAUGGUCCCAAGGAAGGGAUCUGGUUCAUGGGGAAGUGGGGAAAUGUAUACAUGGCCUCUGAUCCCUCUGAUGCUCUUGUUCUGACCCUGAAGGAGGAGCCUAAGAGGAUCCGGGUGACCCUGAACUGUGAAGGGGAUCGGUUGGCCUUUCAUAAUGCAGACACAGCAGCUCUGAUCUUUGACUACCCACCAACUUCUUUCUCAGGAGAGACCCUCCUCCCCUUCUUUUUUGUGGUCCAUAAAGCCCACCUGAUGAUCUCUCCAUAAGGCUGGAGACCAGUCUCCAAAACCCACAGCACAGGAGGAGCUUUAUCUUCCAUGACCUGAAUCUGUUAUUUAUUUCUGCUCUCUUGCUGGAACCUCUUUCUCUCUCUGUUUCUGUUUCACACACACACACACACACACACACACACACAC